CUUUUUUUACUUUUUGAUUCACGCGCACGACACACGCAACGCUUGUUCUCCUUUGUUCUUUCUCUUUCUUUGUCUUCUUCCUCUUCUUUCUCUCUCUCUCUCUCUCUUUUAUCUCUUGAAAUCAACGACGUCCAACAUUCACGACACGGUGGAGCCCUCAAAACGGAGAAACGACGGAUCGGAAUCACCGAGCAAGAGGAAGCGCAUCCUAGACAUGACGGAUCAAGACAAAAGUAGUAGCAGCGGUACUAAGACCGAUAUGCCGUCUAUGCCAGAAACAACAACAAAAACAACAAAAGCUGCAGCGAAAACUGCACUGUCAACAGAAGAUUCAGCUAUUACGAACGAAGAACGAAUAACGUUGCAGUCUACAAAGAAAGAAACUAUAACUGCCCCAGCAGUAGAACAAGAACGAGAAGUCCAACAAACGCAAGACGCUGUUGUUGAAGAAGAAAAACCAGCAGAAGCAGCAGCAGAAACGAAUGUUCAAGAAGGAAAAGAUACUUUUGAACCAGCUAUUACGAUGACCGCGAUUGACGUACCUGCUGCUGCUGCUGCCACCACUACUGAUGGAGAUCCACCUGCACGUCACUCAUCGGAUUCGUCAUCAGUUUCGUCAGCAUCGUCGAGUGUCUUUGGUAAUAGCAACAGCAACAACAACAACUUGACCACGUCAGCCUCACCAUCGUCCCCUCCUUUUUCAUCAGCUUCCACUUACAAUGACGACGAAAACAGCAGGAACAGUAAUGGUGCCACUACUACUGCUGCAAUCGCCGAUAAUAGCAGCCAAAGCAGCAGCACUAUUACGAACGGUACUUCUAGCAUUAACGGCAACAACAGCAACAUAAAGACAUCGGCAAUAGUUUUAACAUCGUCUUCAGCAGCAAGUUCUAGCAGCAUGAACCAUUCAUGGAUGGAUAAUAAAAGCAACAAAAAGGCCAAAAGAUUUGACAAAGGUGUUUGCGGUCUGACGAACCUGGGCAACACCUGUUUUAUGAAUUCUGCGCUACAGUGCUUGAGCAACACACCACAACUCUCCAAAUACUUUUUGUCUGGAAAGCACAAGGAGGAGUUGAACAGAGAUAACCCAUUGGGUAUGAAGGGCGAAGUAGCAGAAGCGUAUGGUGAGGUCAUUGAAGAAUUAUGGAGCGGCACAGAGCGCAGCAUUGCUCCUAGACAUUUCAAGGUAAAAUAAUCAUCACCAUUGCCUUCCUCCUCGUAUGGAGAAUUUAAGCAACUGACUUGAUUUAUCGCGCUCUCAUCCAUUGGAACACAGCUUACGAUCAGUCGCUUCAACCCCACAUUCGUUGGCUAUAUGCAACAUGAUUCGCAAGAACUACUUGCGUUUCUACUGGAUGGACUACACGAAGACUUGAACCGAAUUUUGAAAAAGCCGUAUAUUGAGCUGCCUGAUUAUGAUGAUAUGUCAGACAAGGAGAUUGCUGAACGUAGUUGGUCGUAUCAUAAAGCACGCAACGAUUCGGUCAUUGUUGAUUUGUUCCAAGGUCAGUUCAAGAGCCGACUCGAGUGCAAUGAAU